CUCAUGAAUGCAUGAGCUGAACAUUUGAUCACAGCGGUCAAAAGAGCACAACAGAGGAGGGAAGCAGGGUAUUGGGGUAGCUUAGCUCAGGUAGAAGAACGCUUCUCAAUUGAGCUGCACGUGACCCCCAAAAAGCUGCAGUGACUGCGAUUGCAGGGAGGUCGGGAAGUAUGUACUGGUUUUGAGACAUCGUAGAGACACUGCAACGCGCGCGGUAGGCUACCGCCGGUAGCCCUUCUAAGCGCAGCGGGUUGUAGCUUAUCCUAGCCUCAUCCUCCUGCAGUCAUUUGCUUCCCCUUUUCUCAUCCAGUCUGCGGCCUGGAGAUGGCUUCCUACUUUCGGUAUCACAACUACCCUGGGAGUCCACCUGCCGGUGCUGCCGCAUUAAGCACGCCAGAGAUAGGUCUGGCAAGCAGUCCGGUGGACCAAGCUUUACCAAGAGUUCCUAGGGCGCCAAGCGUUGAUGAGUUGAUGGUGGCAACACCUGGGGAGGAUCCAUCGUCUUUGUGCAGAUGUACUGUUUGCAGAAAGGUAUUUUGUGACCCAGUCGUCUGCAAGGACUGUGAGGACAGCUUCUGUGAGGGCUGUCUGGAACGUCACUGCGGGGAAAGUGCUGGUUGUGGAGGCCAAGUGUUCGAGACGGUGGUUCGCAAUGGACACCUGCGCAAGGUGGUCCUUAGCUUGCGCGUACAUUGCCCGCAUGCGAUGGUCUUCAACCAUGCAACUGACGGGUGGGAACUGGAUGGAGCGGGCUGCCCGUACGUCGGCAAGGGGACUGAAAUGCAAGCGCAUCAGAGGACGUGUGGAUACCGCCUGUCCUCAUGUACACGCUGCAAGACCAUCUUGGCCGAGCGAAACCGGAGCAGCCACGCCAAAGGGUGCAGGAUACGGUGCCAACUAUGCAGCGGAGUGAUUUUCUACCCGAACUUAGUGCCCCAUCUCCAGGAGAGUUGCCCAGAGGUUGCGCGCCGGUGCCCAAGCAAGAGAUGCACAUUCCUUGGGAACAGCAACGAUUUGGCACAGCAUAAGCAAAGAUGUGCUUUGCUAUUGCCUAGCUCGAAGGCCUCUCCAAACCGGUUACCGGAUUCGAGCAAUGGGGAGACAGUCCGCAGAUCGAUUCAAGUUGGCCAGACGAGGCCUCCCGGAGAAGGGUCGACAGGGUUGGACGCGCGUGUGCAAAGUUCAAAGGCGCAGCCGGCUGGAGACGUGCACACCCCCCCCGGGAAGCCAGUGAGCGUCGCUCGGGAUCCUCUGACUUUCCACAGAAACGUUCCAGAGGCGCCGGGCACUCCCCCUUCCGAAACCACCACCCCUAGCGCUUCGGCAGCGGCUAUGGCGAGAACCUCGGGGCCUUCAACCGGGCACAAAUCAGAGGGGAACAUUCAACGUGAUGGCAGGUCGGGGGGCGAGAGAACGGAGGAGGGCGGUGUUGGUCGGAGCGAUGCUGGUGCGUGUGAACUUACCGGAAGCGAGACACAAACCGAAGAAGCUGACGGCGAUUCUCAAGAUACGUCCGCGGAGUCGGAUGAGCGCAGAGAGGAUUUCAACACCGGACAGUCCAGCGCUGGGGAGCUUUCUGCGCGCGCUGAGACGAGUCUACACGACCUCCUUUACCAUCCCGACUCCUGGACGACGUUGGACCACUCUCUGGCAGGCGACAACGGGAAGCAGCUUCUCUACGCUUUGGAGGGGCUCAUCAAACAGCGAGGCCCCGAAAAGCUCCGCGGGGAAGUUCUCGAAACGGGGUCGCAGGUCGACAGGUCUGCGCUCGCGCCGUUGCACGGCCCAACCCUCCGUCUGCUGUUUCUCAUUCUCACGGGGAAAAGCGACGUGCGCGGCAAGCAAGUCUCCACGGAGGCCCUUUUGGGUCACAUCUAUGACGCCUUUGGCAUAAUAGUGGUCAGCAGCGAUAUCAAAGGCUCUCAGGGGGGUGGAUCCAAGAGGUUGCGGGACUCUGAAGAGGAGCGGUCUAAGAAGCAUGUCAGAAGCGUGCAUGGUGCCAACCCAUCCCCUGUUUCGCACCCCCCGUUCACUUACACGUCAAGACAAAGGCAGCUGGAGCGCAACAGGAUCAUCAGGCGGAUACUGGAGAGGUUAGAGAAGGCUGAGUGCGCUCAAGACUUCCGGGACCUGGUGUCGGAGAAAGUGGCGCCGGGGUAUAGCAAGGUUAUCUCCAGGCCCAUGAGUCUGUCGACCAUCUUCAACAAGGUUGCGGGCUCGGACUACACAGUGUCGACUUUGCGGGAUGACAUGGAGUUGAUACGGCAAAACGCACACACGUUCUGCAAGGACUCCUUCCCUGCAAUCGUUGCCCGGGCCGAUCAGCUCAUGGAGUUGUUCACAGCGGAACUCGAGAUGGAGAGGGGUGAGCUAGCUCAAUGGGAGGGUUGAAUCUGGAGUUGAAGAAGCGUUUGUUGGGGUCCAGUCUUGGAGGAGACUUCGGUGGUCUUGCGAUCUGAAGAUGUUUCACCUUGGGUUUUCGAAAUCAGUAUUUAUUGCUUGCAAUAUAGCCUUGACUAGGCAUGCAUAAAGUUGAGUGGUUACUGCGUUCCGCUACGGUCCUGCCAGCCUGUGUGUAAGACCGCCCGUAACCGCAUCAGCGGGCCUAGAAGCUUGACUACCUACUAGUAGGAGCGCCACACAUGAUUGUGCAGGCGGCUGUGUGCAUGGCUUGAGGACACUAAAGGCUUACAGAAAAUUGAUGAGACCGGACAACUUGACGAUUCGAAUGUUUAUCUUGCUAUGAUCCAUUUAGGUAGAAAUCGAAGCAGAUCCUUGUUCCAUAUUUCAGCAACUUAGUCGACCUUUAACCAUGGCUUGUGAACUUCGGAAACAUGGUAUGUUGAAG